UAAGGUUUGAAUGGAUUCAGAUCAAGUUGCUUUGGUCAAGGAUCCGCACUCCAGCACAGUGGGUGGCGGUAACACACGAUUAAUAAUGCGUGCCAACCGUCAAAAAAACAUUGGCUAGAAGAAAUUGGCUUGACAGCUAUCUAAAAAAUGAAAAAACUGCUAACCACAGUAAUGUUAUAUUCCUGAUUCUUGUAAAUAACAAGCUAAGUAGUUUAUUUUUACGUUGUUUUUGGCUAACAUUACCAUUGUAUUUUGGAACCAACAACAGCAAAUCGUUAACUAGCAAGCCGGCUAGCCUGGACCAUCUGAAACUGCAAGCACGCCUGAUGUCUGCUGAGGCUUCUGCAGGGAGUGCAGCAGCUGCCUGUAUCCCCACCACCCAGUCUUCUGGCCGGGGCAGUGAGGAGGAGGCGGGUGUAGGGUGUCUUGUGGGAAGUAAAUAUGUGAAGCUGAAUGUUGGGGGCUCACUGCAUUACACCACUGUACAGACCCUGAGUAAAGAAGACAGCCUACUAAGGAGCAUGUGCAAUGGAGGAGAUGAGGUCACCAUAGAUUCGGAGGGCUGGAUUGUGUUGGACAGGAGUGGUCGCCAUUUUAGCUUGGUGCUGAACUUUCUGCGGGAUGGAUCGGUACCGCUUCCAGAGUCCCACCGAGAACUGGAGGAAGUUCUGAAGGAAGCGCAGUAUUACAGGGUCCAAGGACUAGUCCAGCAUUGCACCUCUACCAUGCAGAAACAAAGGAAUGUCUACGAGGGUGUAUGCCGCAUCCCCAUGAUCACCUCAGUGAAAGAAGAACAGAGAAUGAUUGCUACCUGCAGGAAGCCUGUAGUAAAACUGCAGAACAACAGGGGAAACAACAAGUAUUCCUACACAAGUAACUCUGAUGACAACCUGCUGAAAAAUAUUGAGCUGUUUGAUAAGCUGGGGCUGCGCUUCAACGGGCGGGUCCUGUUUGUCAAGGAUGUGCUCGGGGACGAGAUCUGCUGCUGGUCCUUCUAUGGUGAGGGCCGCAAGAUUGCAGAGGUGUGCUGCACCUCCAUUGUCUAUGCCACAGAGAAGAAACAGACAAAAGUGGAGUUUCCGGAAGCACGCAUCUUUGAGGAAACCCUAAACAUUCUUAUCUAUGAGAAUGGGCGUGGUUCUGGCACAGGGGGCGUGGCCCUUUUGGAGUCAUCAUCGCCGGGAGCUGGCCAAUCGGAGGAGGAGGGGGCUAGUGCAGGGGGAGGGGACCGUAGAGUCAGAAGGAUCCAUGUGAGGAGGCACAUCAUGCAUGACGAGAGAGGACAUGGUCAACAGACUGUGUACAAGGACUGAGGGAGAGAAAAAAAAUUAAUUGAGGCGGUUGGUGUGGCGAGGGGGAGAGGAUUAAGAGAGGGGUGACUGCGAGGGGUGACUGCAUGAGGGGAGGUUGGAUGCUUAGAAAGAGGGUGGGUUGAGUUUUUUAAUAUGGAAGUAGUGACUUGGGAGAUGCUUACAAAAGGACUGGAAACUAAAUGAAUACCUCUCAAUUAUUUGUGCCCAACUGGAAAAUUACACCUAAACCCUGUUGCACUUCCCUACUUUGAGGAGAAGAGUAAAGAAAAUUGGUGGACAGUCUGAAAAUACACAAGGGCUGGUUGGGGUUAGGGAAUAUCUGAUGACCAGUCUUGGCUUGUGGUAAUGGGACUGGAAGAUUGAGGGGUAAACGUAGGUACUUUAACACUGCACUAAAUGGGGCCAGGGAGGGUGUGGAUGAUGGGUAGUAGGUUUGUGACUGCUAUGUAUUUAUGGGAUGUUUGUAUUCCUAUUCAAUUAAUUACUGUUGUAUGUAAUAUUUGUCAUUUUUUAAAUUUUGUUAUUAAUUUAUAAUGUUUAUUUAUUGUCUGGAAAUGUUGUUUUUUAAUACCUUUGAAUACUGACUUUAUUAUUUAUUAUCUGUACAGAUACUUUUUGGCAGGUUUUUGUGCUUUGAUCAAUGUCAUUCUAAAUAAUGUUGCCAAGCUCCUCCAGUAUGUUGCAGCAGUGUCGCAAAUAGCCAUGUCUUUUAACAGACAUGCUAAUGGUCAUGGUAAGACACCUUGACAUGGUAAGACACCUUGACAUGCUAAACCAUAUAUAUUUACAUAAUGUUUAAUAUUUUUGUUCAUGAUUGUACUGUGUCUAAAUGAAACAGGAUUGUUUGUCUUGUGAAGAACUUUGUAACAAACAUUUGUAAUUCAGUGUUUGUAUUGGACAUUGGAUGUGUGUUGGUAGGAAGUCUGAUCGCCUGUUCUCUUUUUUGUUAUCCAGGUAAAAUCUGAGAGUGAUUUAUCUUUUGUGGGGAGGGUUUUCUAUUUUAAUUAUUAAUAUUUCACACUUAACAGAAACAUGUAAUCAAGCAGCCUGGUCUCAUUGGAAUAAGUAAGCGAUUAUAUGUAAUUUUGUCACCUGAUGUUGUAUGAUAUGUUAUGUUAUGUUAGGUUACAUUACUAUGCGCUACCAAAAUGUGUAAUACAAUGCUCCAAAAAAUGAAGGGAACACUUAUCACAGUAUGAGACCAAGUCAAUUAAACUGAAUCUCUGUCACCUGUUUUGGUGCAAAUGAAAGUGACCU